AUGGAUGCUAGACCACCAGCACCCUCAGUGACAUCUCUUGCAGACUGGCAUGACGAGCCAGCGGAUGAGGAAUUAGAGAGUUAUGCUGAGCCACCACCUGACUCAGUAGAAAGUACUGCACAAUGGCCUGAUGAGCCCUAUAACGAGAAGUUGGAAAGAGAUUCUGAGCCGCCACCAGACUCAGUAGAAAGUACUGCACAAUGGCCUGAUGAGCCCUAUAACGAGAAGUUGGAAAGAGAUUCUGAGCCGCCACCAGACUCAGUAGAAAGUACUGCACAAUGGCCUGAUGAGCCCUAUAACGAGAAGCUGGAAAGAGAUUCUGAGCCGCCACAAGACUCAGUAGAAAGUACUGCACAAUGGCCUGAUGAGCCCUAUAACGAGAAGCUGGAAAGAGAUUCUGAGCCGCCACCAGACUCAGUAGAAAGUACUGCACAAUGGCCUGAUGAGCCCUAUAAUGAGAAGUUGGAAAGAGAAUCUGAGCCGCCACCAGACUCAGUAGAAAGUACUGCACAAUGGCCUGAUGAGCCCUAUAACGAGAAGUUGGAAAGAGAUUCUGAGCCGCCACCAGACUCAGUAGAAAGUACUGCACAAUGGCCUGAUGAGCCCUAUAACGAGAAGUUGGAAAGAGAUUCUGAGCCGCCACCAGACUCAGUAGAAAGUACUGCACAAUGGCCUGAUGAGGCCUAUAACGAGAAGUUGGAAAGAGAUUCUGAGCCGCCACCAGACUCAGUAAAAAGUACUGCACAAUGUCCUGAUGAGCCCUAUAACGAGAAGUUGGAAAGAGUUUCUGAGCCGCCACCAGACUCAGUAGAAGGUACUGCACAGUGGCCUGAUGAGCCCUCUAAUGAGAAGUUGGAAAGAGAAUCUGAGCCGCCACCAGACUCAGUAGAAAGUACUGCACAAUGGCCUGAUGAGCCCUAUAACGAGAAGUUGGAAAGAGAUUCUGAGCCGCCACUAGACUCAGUAGAAAGUACUGCACUAUGGGCUGAUGAGCCCUAUAACGAGAAGUUGGAAAGAGUUUCUGAGCCGCCACCAGACUCAGUAGAAAGUACUGCAGAAUGGCCUGAUGAGCCCUUUAAUGAGAAGUUGGAAAGAGAUUCUGAGCCGCCACCAGACUCAGUAGAAAGUACUGCACAGUGGCCUGAUGAGCCCUCUAAUGAGAAGUUGGAAAGAGUUUCUGAGCCGCCACCAGACUCAGUAGAAAGUACUGCAGAAUGGCCUGAUGAGCCCUUUAAUGAGAAGUUGGAAAGAGAUUCUGAGCUGCCACCAGACUCAGUAGAAGGUACUGCACAAUGGCCUGAUGAGCCCUAUAACGAGAAGUUGGAAAGAGAAUCUGAGCCACCACCAGACUUAGUAGAAAGUACUGCACAAUGGCCUGAUGAGCCCUCUAAUGAGAAGUUGGAUAUACAUGAUGAGCCCUCCAAUAAGGAAUGUUUGGCAACCACCUCUAUCUUUGCAGAAUAUUGUCGUUUGAGAGCAUCUCUUAGUGUUGGCCUUAUGAAAGUAACGCCCUUAAAAACAGGACCAUUUCCGAUCAAAACAGCCUUUAUCGUUACAGGCCCACCGAAGAAGAGGGCCUUUACUGAACGGAAGGUGUGUCCUAUUAAGGCAGCCUUCAUAGUCACAGGGCCUCCAAAGAUAAGAGCAUUUACUCCAAAGAAGGUCUGA